UCCAGAAAAAAACCCUCAUCCGCAAUGCCACCAGAUCAACCGGAAACCAAACCAUGAUCUAGUAACCUUUGCCUUCACAACUAUACGCUAGGCAGCGCUCUGCUGACCACUCAGUCAUUCACAUCGCAGUAGCCGUCGUCGCACAAUGCAUCGCAGCCUACUACUACUAGUGACAAUUUUCACGAUCAAGGCUGGCGGUCAAUUUGAUCCGCAUUUUGCGAAAAAGGAAGCCACCGGAAUCGUGCAGCUUUUCGAGUGGACCCACGUGGAUGUCGAGGUGGAAUGUUUGGCGUACCUGGGUCCGAACGGGUUCGGUGCGGUCCAAGUGUCCCCGGUGAACGAGGUUCGCAUUAUGCCAAAUCGAUCGUGGCGCGAACGGUAUGAACCGAUUUCGUACAAGAUUUCCGGCAGAUCUGGUGACGAGUCGCAGUUCCGGUCGAUGGUGAGCGCGUGCAACGACGGGGGAGUGCGCGUUUACGUGGAAGUGGUGCUGAACAACAUGGCCGGUGGCAGUGGGACGGUUCGGGGGACCGCUGGUUCGGUGGCGUAUCCGGAAAUGAAGGAUUAUCCGGCAACGCCGUACAGUGCUGGGGAUUUUAACGAUGCUUGCACGAUCGUUGACCCGAGAGAUCCUCACGAGGUGCGGAACUGUCAGGUCGACGAUCGGCCGGACUUGAACCAGGGGUUGGCACGGGUUCGGGACAGAAUGGUCGAGUUCAUGAACAAACUUAUUUCGGUGGGUGUGGCUGGCUUUUACAUCAAUUCCGCUAAGAACAUGUGGCCGCACGAUCUGAGGGCGCUUUACUCGAAACUGGAGAAUUUGAGCAUUUCUGCGGGCUUCCCCAAAGACAGUCGACCCUUCAUCUACCAGGACGUGGCUGAUUUUAACGAGGGAGGCUCAAGAAAGACCGAGUACACGUACAUGGGAAUGGUGACGGAAUAUCGGUUCGCGUACGACAUUGGUGAAGUCAUGUACAAACGAAAACCGUUCCACCACAUGCUCUUCACGGGAACCCGCCUGGGCUAUCUUCCGCGGGAACGAUCGGUGGUUUUCGUGGACUCCCCAAUCCUGCAGCGACUUCCGGAGGUGAACGAAACCAAGCAGAUCGUGACCUUCAAGCACCGUCGAGGGUACAAGAUCGCGCUAGUCUUUAUGCUGGCCCAUCGGUACGGAACUCCGCGGAUCAUGAGUUCGUUUGGGUUCAAAACGGACGACGAAGGACCACCGAUGGACGCUCGAGGUCGGAUUGUGUCGGUUGAUUUCGACGACGCUGGACAGUGCACCGGAGGAUGGAUCUGCGAGCACCGGUGGCAGGUGGUGAAGCGGAUGAUGAAGUUCCGCGGUGCGGUUGUGGGACAACCCGUGAUCAACUGGGUGGACAAUGGACAAAACCAGGUUGCUUUUUGUCGAGGGAAGAUUGGUUUUGUGGCUUUCAAUGCGGAGAUAUCGAUCAGUAUGAAGGCGAAUCUGUUUACGUGCCUUCCGGCGGGGAUUUACUGUGAUUUGAUCAGUGGAGAAGUGGAGAGUGGUGAAUGUACAGGAACGUCCGUUCUGGUGGAUGCCAAAGGCCGAGCGGAUAUUUUUAUUUCUAGCAAGCUGGAAGAACCAAUUAUUGUACUGCUUGUGAGCGAGAAAAUAAUUUGAAAUUUGGUUUUUAUCCCAAACCUUGAAAUAUAUUUUUUGUGUUUUUUUGGAAGGACUGAAAUAGUUACGUUACAUCAGAAAAUCGGUAAAAUUUCGAUUGAGAUUUGUCGAUGGUUAAUCGAAAACAUAUUAUCGAAAAGUCUUGAUUGCGAGUCUAGUCGAAAUACUACGAUCGACUUUUUUUCAAUCCCUUGUGCUGAAGAACAGUCAACCCUCUGGUUGUCGAUAUUGAAGAGACCAUCGAGAAAGAGAAGUGAAAUUUCACCGAUGCAAAAUAAUGUCACGAUUGAGCCAUAGAAGAUUUUGAGGAAAGGAGAGCAUCAAUAUAUGUGUGUAUCGCCCUUCUGAAAAGUUACUACGGAAAAAGCGAAUGCAAAUCCGUGAGGAAAGUUUCGGCACAAACAAAACUACACAAAUCGUUUUCUUGUCUACAGAUAAAAGAACAGUACUGUUUUUUUGUUGUUUUCUUGCUGUAUUUCACCAAACCACGAUAAUCCUAUUUGUUUCUUGUUUUUGCUACCUCCUUGAAUGCUUUGCUGUAUGUUUCACUGUUUUCUCCAUUUUUGUAUUUGCUUUUACUUGAUGUUUUCUUGAGUGAGUGAGUGAGUUCUGUUUGUUUGCUUUCAAUUUGUGUUCGUGAGUUGAAAAAGGAAGAAAGAGUACGUUUUUUUCUAUAUGCUAUUUGUAUUCCAUUGUUGUUUCUGAGUAAUGUGUGUGUAUGUGAGUGAAUUGCUGUCAUUUACUGAGUUGCAAAUUGUUUUUUUUUCUCUGUUUCAUUCCGGGAUAUCUUUCCUUUUUCUGCUCCAAGAUAAAUUGGUUUGUUUCUUACGCUUUAGUUAAUAUUACUCGUGAGUAUGCUUAUGUUGUUUUUCCUCCUGUGUUAAUGCUAAUAUUUGUUUCUUUUGCCUUAAAUUCAAUCAAUAUCUUGAAAUCUGAUAACAAUUAGAGGUGUGAAAAAGAAACACUGAAAUAUAAAAUGCUUGAAUCUUUUUAGUGUGUCUUUUGUUUGUUUUUAAAUUUUAUACGUGUGUGAUAUCUCCUUUUGUUUUGUUGCUGUUCAUUCUCGAAUAUAAAUUCAAAUAGAUAAAUGUAAAAGAUUAGCUAAAAUUUUGGUUUUCCACAUAGUAGUCCGUGACGCGUGUCCCCUUAUUGUUGAUGUUCUGUCCCCGGCGAGUUGCCAUGGUGUUUCGAGGGUGUAGGAUUCGAAACUAAACAGCACUUUUUGUUUGCUUUUUUGCACUCUCCGUUUUUCACAUCCACGCUUGCUACGAUUUACCGUUACGAUUUUGUGAUAGGUGCUUUGACUCUCGUAGUUUGUUGUAAUAGUAGUUAGUAAGUAGUAUAGUAAUAGUUUCUCAUUUCUUCUUGUUUUUCUUGUUAUUAUUUUCCAUUAUGCAUGUGUGUCUGUGUGUAUGUUCUUUUUGUAUGUUGUUUUUUUUUUGCUCAUGAGAGUGAUCUCGCGAUUCUCACAAAUUGUUACAGAUUUAAAAAUUAAGGCAGUGGUGAAAUAGAAAUUUCCUUACACAUCUUGCAUGUUACUUUUUUAAUUUUAUCAGUAUUUCUUUUGUAAACGUUUGUUUAUCUCUCACUUUUAGUGUUUAUUUUACUCAGGUUCAUUUAUCUUGUUUUUUUUUUUCUUUUCAUAACUUGGGUUCAUUCCGGGUGUAGCAUUCCCGAUUCGUCACUCGAGGAAGGAAACGUAACGAAACGUUGCCCCGUGAGCUCGGUAGCUGGUUUAGGAGUGGGGGGAAAAUGAACAUUCAGCGGAGGACCGUAGAACAAAUCGGACAUCUAAACUGGUUUUUGUGUGUGUGUGUGUCGGAGUCGGUUGAUUGCGUCUCGUUUCUAGGUGGGACUUCGUUGAUGGUUAAGAUUACACAAGCGUGCGGGGCAACGUUUCGGCUGCCAUUCCUAGCGCGUACCUCUCGAGGGUAGUGGUUUGGUAUUCCUGUUUCAGUUUUUAAUUGUUUGUUUAGUUUCCUUGUUUUGUUUAACUCUUGUUCAAUUUAGUAUUCAAAUAGUGGCAAGAACAUUGGUAGAAAUAUAGGUAAGACAUUUCAAAUUUAACAACAACAUUUACAAAACUAGCCAAACGAAGACUAUCAUAAUUAUAUAGUGGCUAUCAUUGUUUAUUCCUUUUUAAUUUCUCUCGUUUGAUCAUUGCUGCCGCACGGCAACCAACGUAAAACAUAAUCAGUUUAGCAAAUAAGAGUAAAUAAUCUCGUCCUUAACUACAAAUAGUUACUGCUUCUUGCUUGCUUGUUUUUCUUUUAAUCAAUAAAUAUCUAAAAGGUAUGCUCAGCUGGCACCCUGUUCGUCAUACGCUUAGAAGUUAAGAUUUAACGAGUUUCUCUACGAGGGAGGGUUUCCUUUGUUUGUCACUACUUUAUAUCUUCGCACGAUUUUUUGUUUGUUUUCGGGACUGCUGGAAUGUUUCAGUAAAAUGUUUCUCGCUCAGUUUGUCCCCUCUACACUGACCUGUUCGAUCUCACAGUGUUCUAAGCUAUUCAUGAUUCAAUGUUGGUUUUUCUUCAUUAAGAUUAACUACAUUUAGAUUGUCAAAAUUAUAGUGAGAUUUUUUGCAUGUUUUUCACCAUUUUUCAUUCGUUUUUGUAUGUUUUUGUUUUUUUUUGCGUUUGCUUCACAGGAGUUUUUUUUUCACUAGAGAGGGGUUUACUUCCGCUUUAGUUGCGUUGUUGUUAUUUUCUUGUUUUCUUGAUACAUAUCCUAAAAGAGAGAGUGUUUUUUUGUUUUGUUUCUAAUGUUGCAUUCUGCUCGCUCACUUGUUUACGACACGAAUAUUUUGCUGUUGUUUGCUUAUUAAUCGAUUAUUAGAAAUGCUAGAUUCAAUGCUUUGUAUCUCUUUUUUUUUUGCUUCUCCCAUUUCAUCGGCAGUAACUGCACGGGAGAAGUUUCUGUUAAAUGUUGGUGUGGUUGAACUUUACCAACCAGCUUCGUAUAUAAUGUAGUGCAAAUUUAUGAUCCUCAAUCUACGCUAGACUUUUUGUGUGUUGUGUAUGUUUUUAUGUGUUUUUAUUUUAGAUUGGGGUUGUGAAGAUCAAACGUCUAGGUGUGGCCGAAGCCUCGGAAGUUUUCUUCAAAGGGGCUGCUUCGACUAUAGAAAGAGAU